AUGCAGACGCUGCUCGGCAUGCAGCUCAGCAUGGCCCGGCACGUGAACCGGGCCUCCGUCCUCUUCCCACAGGUUCAGCGCCUGCAGCGCAACGCAGACGGGACGUCAACUGAGAUCGACCCCCGGACCGCCCUCCGCAACGCCAUCGCCCGCUCUGGAGUCCCUGCAUGGACUGAAGCCAGCGCCCACACCUCCCCCACACCCACCGCUAUCCGCUGGGGCCCGCACACCCCUGACGCUCCCACCGCCUCCCUCUUUGUCGACAUCGACGACGAUACCACCUUCACCACCAUCCGUGCUGUGAACAACACACGGCUCCUCUUCGACAAUGGUCCACGUGCCUGCCUCAUGGCACGUGUUGCACCCCUCCGCCCCCAGUGCCUGAACUGCCAAAAGUUCGGCCAUGUGGCUAUGCGCUGCCGCGCGCCUCCAGCGUGUGGCACCUGCGCUGGUGCCCACCACUCGCACGACCAC